UUGAAAAACAACCGUUAGUUUCUCCAAUAUUUCCCGGGUAAAAUCCAAGAAAAAUCCAAAACACACCACUCGGAGCAACACACUCAAACGUAGUCAAAUGUUGAAAAUACCCUCACCCUUCCUUUUCUUCUUCCUCCUCAUCAUACCCUUCCAGGUAAAUUCACAAUCUCCGGCCACAGAACGGGAUGUCCUACUGAAACUCAAGCAACAGUGGGGCGAUCCACCGUUGAUCCAAUCGUGGAAUGACUCAUCCUCGCCGUGCGAUUGGCCGGAGAUUCUGUGCACCAAUGGCACCGUCACCGGAAUUAUUCUCCGGGAAUAUAAUAUCACCAAAGAAAUCCCGGCGACGAUAUGCGACCUCAAAAACCUUACCGCGAUCGACCUCGGCUUGAAUUAUAUCCCCGGAGAGUUCCCAACCGUUCUAUACAAUUGCUCGAAUCUCCAAUACUUAGACCUCUCUCAGAACUACUUCGCCGGCACGAUUCCGGCUGACAUCGACCGGAUUUCAACUCUCCGGUUCCUCGAUAUUGGCGCCAACAGCUUCUCCGGAAAUAUCCCGCCUGCUAUCGGCCGGUUACCAGAGUUACAGAGGUUGUAUUUCUACCAAAAUGAUUUCAACGGCACCGGCACUUUUCCGGUAGAAAUCGGAAAUUUGUCGAAUCUUGAGUAUCUAGGCAUGGCGUAUAACAACUUCGUGCCGUCGGCGAUUCCACUGGAGUUCGGAAAUUUAAAGAAGUUGAAGUAUCUGUGGAUGACGGAGACGAAUUUGAUCGGAGAAGUGCCGGAAAGUUUCUCUAAUUUCUCAAGUCUCGAACACUUGGAUCUCUCGUCGAACAAUUUACACGGUGCGAUUCCUCGGGGAUUGUUCUCGUUGAAGAAUUUGAGUUAUGUAUAUCUAUUCAAGAAUCGAUUAUCAGGUGAAAUUCCUUCAUCGAUUGAGUCGUUUAAUUUGAUCGAAAUCGAUAUCGCGAUGAACAAUUUGACAGGUUCGAUACCUGAGGGUUUUGGAAAAUUACAAAACGUAACCAUUUUGAAUCUGUAUUCGAAUCAAUUGUCUGGCGAAAUUCCACCAAGCAUUGCCCUAGUACCAAAUCUCAAAAUUUUUAGGGUUUUUACUAACAAUUUGAGUGGAGUUUUGCCACCUGAAUUAGGGCUUCACUCGAAUCUCGAAGCUUUCGAGGUUUCAGAUAACGAACUCACCGGGAAAUUACCGGAGAAUCUAUGUGCCGGAGGGGCUCUGACCGGCGUGGUCGCUUUCUCCAACAAUCUCACCGGAGAAAUUCCAAAAUUGCUUGCAAAUUGCGAUACUCUGCGCACGGUCCAGCUCUACAGCAACAACUUUUCCGGCGAGGUUCCUUCGGGUCUCUGGACUUCAUUGAAUUUAUCCCAGAUGAUGCUGAGUGACAACUCAUUUUCCGGUGAGCUUCCGAGCAAAUUAUCUGGGAACAUGUCGAGGUUGGAGAUCAGUAACAACAAUUUUUCUGGUCAAAUCCCAGUUGGGGUUUCUUCUUGGUUGAGAUUGGUUGUUUUUAAAGCCAGCAACAAUCAAUUUUCUGGCGAAAUUCCAGUGGAAUUGACCGGCCUUCCUCAGCUCACCACUCUAUUGCUCGAUGGCAAUCAACUGACCGGUGAAUUUCCAUCGGAGAUUUUGUCAUGGAAGUCACUAACCAAUCUGAAUCUUGCUAGGAACAAACUUCAUGGCCAAAUUCCAGCAUUGAUAGGAUCAUUGCCGGACAUUCUUGAACUAGACUUGUCCUCCAACCAGUUUUCGGGUCCUAUUCCACCUGAAUUAGGCCAUUUGAAGCUUACUUCUCUCAAUUUAUCCUCCAACCAACUCACUGGGCAAAUCCCAAAUGAGUUUGAUAAUAUGGCCUAUGAAAACAGUUUCUUGAACAACACCAAUCUUUGUGCCAGAAACCCAAUUUCAAACGUCCCCAGUUGUUUCACCAGAAGCAGUGAAUCCAACAAGUUAUCGAGGAGGAGUGUUACUAUGAUCGUAGUUUUCGUGGUACUGGUUUGCAUAGUUACUGUUUUAUUGAUUUUGUUUGUAACAAGAGACUACAGGAGGAAGAAGAAGAGAUGUGAAACCGCGACAUGGAAGCUGACCUCAUUUCAGAGGUUGGAUUUCACAGAGGCAAACGUUCUGUCCAGUUUGACAGAAAAUAAUUUGGUUGGAAGUGGAGGGUCAGGGAAGGUGUAUCGGAUUGCUGUCAACGGUUUGGGUGAUCAUGUUGCAGUGAAGAGGAUUUGGAACAGCAGAAAAUUGGACCACCACCUGGAGAAUGAAUUUUUGGCUGAGGUUCAGAUUUUGGGUAGCAUUCGACAUUCCAAUAUAGUGAAGCUGUUGUGCUGCAUUGCAAGUGAGGAUUCGAAGCUACUUGUCUACGAGUACAUGGAGAAUAUGAGUCUUGAUAGAUGGCUUCAUGGGAAGAAGAAGAGGGAAUCAUUAGUGAAUGGUCCGGCUCAAAACGUUGUCUUGGGUUGGCCGAGGAGGUUGCAGAUUGCCAUUGGAGCUGCACAAGGCCUCUACUACAUGCACCAUGAUUGCUCUCCACCCAUCAUUCAUCGCGACGUGAAGUCUAGCAACAUAUUGCUGGAUUCCGAGUUCAAUGCAAGAAUUGCUGAUUUCGGCCUAGCCAAGAUUUUACUCAGCAGGCAUGGUGAGCCUAACACAAUGUCUGGUGUUGCUGGCUCAUUUGGUUAUAUUGCCCCAGAGUAUGCUUAUACGACGAAAGUGAAUGAGAAGAUCGACGUUUACAGCUUUGGAGUUGUGCUUUUGGAAUUGACAACGGGAAGAGAAGCAAAUGACGGAGAUGAGCACAUAAGCCUUGCAGAAUGGGCAUGGCGACACCACGGAGAAGGGAACUCUGUUGCUGAUGCAUUGGAUGAGGAGAUCAAGGAACCAUGUUACUUGGAAGAAAUGUCAACAAUGUUCAGACUAGGGCUCAUAUGCACGUCCACAUUACCCUCCUCUAGGCCUUCCAUGAAAGAGGUUUUGCAGAUUCUUCGUCGGUGCAGUCCUCUGGAGGGCGACGGAGGGAAGAAGGCCGGGAAGGAGUACGACGUUGCCCCCCUCCUCGGCACUGCCAAGUAUCUCGCCAGUUAUAGGCGUAAAAGGGUAUCAGAUGGAGAUGAUGAUGACGAUGAUAGUUUGGUCUCCAGUGUGUGACAUUCUAGGUUGCUAUAUGAUGAUUAAAGUAUUUGCUGUACUUCAAAGUUUUAGUUAGAAGAGUUUGCCCUUUUUUUCUUUUUUCUUUUUGCCAGAAUCAGCAUAGGAAUAUAUAUGAAUUCCCUUCAUUGGGCAUAUGUAAAUUUUGUACUCUACUAGUUAUAGCUCUUCUGCUAGAAAACAAUCAAGCAAAAGUUCACUAA